GGACCAUAUAAUAAAACACAAAGAAAACCUUGGAAAGUUACUCCAAUCUGAUAAGUGCUAACUAACCCUUGUUCUGUUCUAUUAUAUUGUGUCUCUAUACCUGAAAUAGAGGAAGCAAUAACAUCCACACAGCAAAAAAUGGGAAACACCGUAGGGAAGGACAAGGAGGUUGUGAAGGGUGUAGACUUGGAGAGGUACAUGGGUCGAUGGUACGAAAUAGCUUCUUUCCCUUCAUUCUUUCAGCCCAAAAAUGGAGAGAACACAAGAGCCACAUACACUCUAAACAGUGAUGGGACUGUUCAUGUUCUCAAUGAGACUUGGAAUAAUGGUAAAAGAACCUCUAUAGAAGGAAGUGCUUAUAAGGCUGACCCCAAAAGUGAUGAAGCUAAGCUCAAGGUCAAAUUCUAUGUUCCUCCAUUCUUGCCAAUUAUUCCUGCUGUUGGAGAUUACUGGAUUUUGUACCUUGAUGAAGAUUAUCAAUAUGCUCUCAUUGGCGGGCCUACCAAUAAAUUUCUUUGGAUACUAUCCAGGCAACCCCAUUUGGAUGAAACAAUCUACAACCAGCUUGUUGAGAAAGCUAAGGAAGAAGGCUAUGAUGUGAGUAAAUUGCACAAGACUCCACAGAGUGAUCCUCCACCUGAGUAAGAUGAAGGUCCUCAAGACACAAAUGCCUGUUUGGGAAAUAAAUAAAUAAAUAGUUAUGGUCAUGACAUGAACAAUAUUAUGUAAUCAGGCUGAAGAAGUGUUAAUUUCAAGUCAUAAAUAAUAUGGAUCAAUUUAGUUUGGAUAUAUUUGUAAAUUGUAAUGCGUGUAUUGGUUUGUUCUGUAAACAAACUAUAGAUAAGUUGGUAUUUGAUACUCAAAUUGUGUAAGGAGUUGUUAACUUAUUGUUGGUGAGAAUCAAUGUUUGAUAUUCUACUCCAAA